GGCCGAGAGCCUGGCAUGGGCAGGAACGCAGAGGCAGCCUGCACUCGACCCUCUAACGGCCAGCGCGUCCUUCUCGGCAGAGGGAACUUUGGGGAAGCGAAUCCCUACACCCAGCCAUCAUUUCCACUCGCGUGUUCAAAAGAUCAAGAAUCGGAAAGGACCGGCAGGUUGGCAAAGCCCAAUGAGGAACCGCCCAGCAGGUCUGCGUCCUUGGGAUCUCGGCAGCCGACGACCCCAAAUCAAAUCAAUCGUGGGAAACCCCAGGGAAAGAAGGAUUCUUGCAGAAGGCCAGGAUUACUGAGUGCAGGCUGCAGGGAAGUACCGGGGGAGGGGGCCUGGCCGGGAGGACUUUCCAGCCACUCAGCCUUCAUCAAAAAGUUCCCUGUACAUGACCCCAGUGGCUCAUCGCAGGGAGUUUCUCCGAUGAACCCCGGCUCAGGGUUUAGAGUUCUUUUUCCCCUAGCAGAGGACGAGGCCAGUUCUCUUUUCUGGUCUGACUGGCUUGGAAAUUCCCCGCGCCUGACUCCGCCCCGGAGAAAUCCCCUGCCAGCGUUUAUAGGGCGGCGCGGCGGCGCUGCCGAGCCCACAACAGUCCCGAGCAGCCGCCGCCGCCACCAGGGUCGACGCUGCCAGCGAGCGAGCGAGCGAGAGCGCAGCCUGCGGCCGAGCGCCCCCGGGACCGCGCCGAGGCCCCGCCGCGCCAUGUUUCAGCCCGCCGAGCCCGGCCAGGAGUGGGCCAUGGAGGGCCCGCGGGACGCGCUCAAGAAGGAGCGGCUGCUGGACGACCGCCACGACAGCGGCCUGGACUCCAUGAAGGACGAGGAGUACGAGCAGAUGGUGAAGGAGCUGCGCGAGAUCCGCCUGGAGCCGCAGGAGGCGCCGCGCGGCGCCGAACCCUGGAAGCAGCAGCUCACCGAGGACGGAGACUCGUUCCUGCACUUGGCCAUCAUCCACGAAGAGAAGGCCCUGACCAUGGAGGUGGUCCGCCAAGUGAAGGGAGACCUGGCGUUCCUCAACUUCCAGAACAACCUGCAGCAGACUCCACUCCACUUGGCUGUGAUCACCAACCAGCCAGAAAUUGCUAAGGCACUUCUGGAAGCUGGCUGUGAUCCUGAGCUCCGAGACUUUCGAGGAAAUACCCCCCUACACCUUGCCUGUGAGCAGGGCUGCCUGGCCAGCGUGGGAGUCCUGACUCAGUCCUACGGGACCCCGCACCUCCAUUCCAUCCUGCAGGCCACUAACUACAACGGCCACACGUGUCUGCACCUAGCCUCUAUCCACGGCUACCUGGGCAUCGUGGAGCUUCUGGUGUCCUUGGGUGCUGAUGUCAAUGCUCAGGAGCCCUGUAAUGGCCGAACUGCCCUCCAUCUCGCUGUGGACCUGCAGAAUCCUGACCUGGUGUCGCUCUUGUUGAAAUGUGGGGCUGACGUCAACAGAGUCACCUACCAGGGCUACUCCCCGUACCAGCUUACCUGGGGCCGCCCGAGCACCCGGAUACAGCAGCAGCUGGGCCAGCUGACCCUAGAAAACCUUCAGAUGCUGCCAGAGAGCGAGGAUGAGGAAAGCUAUGACACGGAGUCAGAGUUCACGGAGGACGAGCUACCCUAUGAUGACUGUGUGCUUGGAGGACAGCGCCUGACGCUAUGAGCUUCGGAAAGUGUCUCAAAGAACAUGGACUUGUAGAUUUGUACAAAAAGAGAGUUUUAUUUUUCUAAAAAAAAGAAAAAAGAAAAAAAAGGGUGUACUCCUUAGAACCACACUGCCUGGGCUGAAACGUUUGACUGGGGAUCAGCCCUCCUUUUGUUAUUUUUGUGAACUUUGGAAGGGGGGACAAGAAAGAUCCUUGGAAUUCAAAGAAAUCUCCUUUUACACUUCACCUUCGUGAGGCUUUUCGAGAAGGUGACCCAAAAUCCGAUGAAAGGACUACAUUUUAUUUAUUGUGCUUCUUGAUCAAAGCUCCAUGGAUUCAGUGGCCGAGCCCAGUUGUGUCCUGUGACAUGUAAUGAUCAGGUGUACUGUUGAACCUUUUGGUGGUGUGGGGUUAAAAGUUGCUACCUGUCAAGGUUUGUGUCACCCUCCUGUAAAUGGUGUACAUAGUGUAUUUUGUUGGUAAUUAUUUUGGUACUUUGAAGAUGUAUAUUUAUUAAACAGAUUUUUACAAACA